AUGGGACUACAGGAGGAGGUCCAGACUUUGAUGCCUUCAGGGCGGGCUGAGAAGCGAGGAGAGGAUGAGUUCAUAGCUGUAAAGAGCAACGUGGGAGAGGAGGACGACAACGAAAGACAAGAGUCGAAUCAGAGGGAGGAGCGUCGAGAGAGCCCAGGGCAGAGGAGGAGUGCAGCUGGAAAGCUCAACAGGUGGCUUUACCUGAGCAGCACAGGGAACAGGGGGUGGAGGAAAGGGGAAGUAUUAGGAAUGAGGACAGACCGGUUACCUCCUAUCCUCCGGGACAACUGUAUGCAACAACCGUCUGCGGAAGACUUUGACUAUGCUGUAGAAGAGAAAGCUUGGACUGAAGAGGUCUGUACUGGUGUUUACCACAUUCCCUUUAAGGAACUAAUUUGUAAUACUGUUUCUGUGGAGAAUGCAACAAAAUCUCAUGUGGUGGUCUUGCAAAGGCCCGCGCAUGGGCUUCGGCUCCUGGGCAGCAGAAGAGCGAUGAGCAUGUUUGUCUUCCCAGACAACAACAGGAGACAGCAAACCACAUCAACCAACCACCAAGACAGUUCUACAAGACCCCACAGUUUUUGCAUGUUGGAAGCAACCAACUCUAAACAAGUUAUUUUGCCCACCUCUGCUUCCACUAAUCAUGGCUUUCCAGAUGUGGUCCAGCGGUGUAGGACACGGCGAGCUGAGCUGCGUGCCAUCGAUGGUUUAAAACCUGACAUGCCGCCAUCUGCCAGCCUGCUACCUCUUCGUCUAGAAGAACCACCAAUCCGACGGACUUUGAAAAGCAAGAGCAAACCAAGGCCUGUUAGCAUGACUGUUCUUGAGCUUUAUAAAGAGCGUAGUGGAUCCCGGGAUGAGCUUGCAAGCCAUACUUGCACUGGCACCGGUAGUUUGCCCCGUCCAGGAUUUCGGUGGAAAUGGUUUGGUCGACAGGCAGCUGGAAAAGAAAUAGGGGUGACACAAAUUUCAGCUAAGCUGAAGGAAUCUAACAAAGAAGAAGCACCGAAAAAAAUGUUCGGAUCACUGAGAAGGAGUUUGAGUCUCAGGAUGAGGCGAAAUCGUAAUCAACCUGAGCCGGAGGACAGAACUGAACGGAGACGCACUGCAAGUAUUGGAGAAAAAUCUAUGCAAAGCACGCGCCCAUUCUCGUACCUUACUGGCAGGACGUUAGCACCAACAUGUGAGCAAGAUGAGGACCAAGGGGCCACACAAUACAUACAGUACCAAACACAGGGCAAAGUAGCAGUCUUGGAGGUUCCUCUUCGUCCUGCCAAAUUAACCAAGCCCACUAAACAAUUGCAGCCAGAGACUAGUUUUUGGCAGCUAAUUGCUAGUCGUUUUAAGAGGAAGGAGCCGUUGUCCAGCAACAAAUCAGAGCUGAGCACUGGAAGCCAAGCAGUUGGCAGCCAUACCCCUGUGAGAAAUAAAAAGCCAGAUUCUGUUGCUAUAGAGACUCUAGCUGGCAUUGGUUUCCGCAAAGGUCAAGAUUCCUUCGUCAACAGUCAGGAGUGGACAUUGAGUCGAUCAGUACCAGAGCUCAAAGUGGGCAUCGUGGGAAACCUGUCCAGUGGGAAGUCGGCAUUAGUUCACCGGUAUCUGACAGGAACAUAUGUCCAGGAGGAGUCGCCUGAGGGAGGGAGGUUUAAAAAGGAGAUUGUGGUGGAUGGCCAGAGUUAUCUACUGCUGAUCAGAGAUGAAGGAGGUCCACCAGAACUACAGUUUGCGGCCUGGGUGGAUGCGGUGGUGUUCGUCUUCAGCCUGGAGGAUGAGAUCAGCUUCCAGACGGUUUAUAACUACUUCCUGCGUCUUUCCAGCUACAGGAACGCAGCGGAGGUUCCCAUGGUGCUGGUGGGGACGCAGGAUGCCAUCAGCGCUGCUAACCCCAGAGUGAUAGAUGACGCUCGGGCUCGCAAACUGUCCAAUGACCUGAAACGCUCCACAUAUUAUGAGACGUGCUCCACCUAUGGGCUGAACGUGGAGAGAGUCUUUCAAGACGUUGCCCAGAAGGUGGUUGCGCUAAGGAAAAAACAGCAGCUUUCUAUUGGUCCAUGUAAAUCUCUGCCCAACUCUCCCAGCCACUCGUCUGUCCCAGCUGCGUCCAUCCCAUCUGUACACAUCAACCAGGCUGCUAACGGAGGAGGUGCGUUCAGCGAUUACUCCUCCUCGGUUCCCUCCACCCCCAGCAUAAGCCAGAGGGAGAUGCGCAUCGAGACCGUCGCCGCCUCCAACACUCCUACGCCCAUCCGCAAGCAGUCCAAGCGACGCUCCAACAUCUUCACAUCACGGAAAGCCAGUGAUCAGACAAAGAGCAUUGAGAGUAAAACUGACAGUAUAGGCAGUGGAAGGGCCAUACCCAUAAAACAGGGCAUUUUGUUAAAAAGAAGCGGGAAGUCUCUCAAUAAGGAGUGGAAGAAGAAAUAUGUGACUUUGUGUGACAACGGUCUGCUCACGUACCACCCCAGUUUACACGACUACAUGCAGAAUGUUCACGGUAAAGAGAUCGAUCUGCUGCGGACGACGGUGAAGGUGCCGGGGAAGAGACCGCCUAGAGCAGUGGCAACAGUCGCCCCUACAGCCAGUCCAAAAACCAACGGCCUGACCAAAGACCGCAGCACUUUACAACUUGGCAUCGGAGCCACAAGCACUCCUCACUCAAACAGCAGCAGUUCCCUUCAGUCCGGGGGUUCGGCGGCUGGUGUGGCUUUAGGGACUAAUAAAGAAGGAAUGCACCAGCGGUCUUUUUCAGUCUCCAGUGCUGAACAGUGGAACGAGGCAGUUAUCAGCACCACAUCAGCCAAUGGCAUGUCAGAUCCUCUUAGCUCCGCCUCUGGCAUGAGCAGCGCCACCAGUCCCAAGCUCGAGCCUCCACCGUCACCUCACGCCAACCGCAAGAAACACCGGCGGAAAAAGAGCACGGGCAUCACCAAACCAGACGGCCUUUCUGCAGGGAGUGAAGAGCCGGAGGAGUCAUUUGAGUUCAUCAUCGUGUCUCUGACGGGUCAGAUGUGGCACUUCGAGGCGUCCACCUUCGAGGAGCGAGAGCUGUGGGUUCAGGCCAUCGAGAGCCAGAUACUGGCCAGCCUGCAGUCCUGCGAGAGCAGUAAGAACAAGUCUCGCUUAGGCAGUCAGAGCGACGCGCUGGCCAUUCAGUCCAUCAGAAACGUCAGAGGAAACAGCUUCUGUGCAGACUGUGAUGCUCCCAAUCCUGAUUGGGCGAGUCUGAAUCUGGGUGCUCUGAUCUGCAUCGAGUGCUCCGGGAUGCACAGGAAUCUGGGCACUCAUCUGUCCCGCGUGCGCUCUCUGGAUCUGGACGACUGGCCUGUGGAGCUCAGCAUGGUGAUGACGGCCAUCGGGAACGCCAUGGCCAACAGCGUCUGGGAGGCCUGUGUGGAUGGAUACAACAAACCUGGAGUAGACAGCACCAGAGAGGAGAAGGAGCGCUGGAUCCGGGCGAAGUACGAGCAGAAGCUGUUUGUGGUGGCUCUGCCUCAGUCGGACGUGCCGCUGGGACAGCAGCUCCUGCGGGCCGUGGUGGAGGACGACCUGCGGCUGGUGGUGCUCCUGCUGGCCCACGGCACCAAAGAAGAGGUCAAUGAGACCUAUGGGGAUGGAGACGGACGCACAGCCUUGCACCUGUCCUGCGCCAUGGCUAAUGUGGUCAUCACACAGCUGCUCAUCUGGUAUGGUGUGGACGUGAAGAGUCGUGACGCGCGCGGUCAGACGCCCCUGUCUUACGCCCAGCGAGCGGGCAGUCAAGAGUGCGCUGAUAUCCUCAUCCAACACGGCUGUCCUGCUGAUGGCGGUGGCGCUUUAUCCACACCCACAGCCACGCGACACAAUCCCAACAUCAACAACAACAAUGGCCAGUGCGCAGAGCUCAACCGCAGCCUCAGCAUCAUGUAAAACCCGUCUCUUCUUAAAAAUACCACUGCUGCUCGCCGAAAAACCACAUCACUUCCCCUCAGCGUGACGUCAGAUUUUAGGAAACGUAGUGUCAUUUGUAUCAUGUAAAUCCGUCAUGACUUUAAUGUUAGCGUACAGCGAGAAUUAGCAGUGUUAACAUGAUCAAAGCGUGUGUUUUUUUUACUUUGACUUUUCUUGAGUGGAUGUCGAGAGGAAAUGUGAUCAACUGACUGACGACAGGUUUAAAAACGUUUUAUUUUUAACAUCUGUUGCUUCACGCACAUGUGCUUUUAUACAUCAGAAGAUUCCAUUCUGAUAGUUUAACCAAAAAUAGGAUUUACUCUAUUUACACAAAUAUUUACACUCUCCCAUGUCUUUUUUCUUUUUAGAUUUGCGCGACUUGUUUCUUUUGUGGAAAACCAUUGAAAGUAUUUCCUAUCCUGGCUCCCAUUGACUUCCAUUGUGUUUUUUUUUUGUAAGUCAGUGGAAAUCAGGAUGGUUUGGUUUGUACCAUUCUUCAAAAUAUCUUCUUUUUUGUUCGACGUAACACAAAGAAAGUCCUACAGGGUUGGAACGACGUGUGGAGGAGUAUUUGGAUUUUUGAGUUUAUCUUUUAAAUGAGAGAUUCUGAGAAAUGUUCUCAGGAAUGUUGGAAUUUGAGAAUUUAUAAGCUUUCUCUCAAUUCAAACUUUAUUUUUCACUAUUUUAGGUUUAUACCUUGAAAUUUUGUCUGUUUUUCCACCAUUUUAAAAAUAUAGACUUCUGAAAUAUAGAAAUAGAAAUAUAGAAUUUUGAGAACUAAAUCUUAAAAUUCAGAAACAUUCGAAAAAUAUGAAAUAUUUGUUAAAAACUUUCAAUUGUAAAAUAUAAAUUCACAAUUUACAUGAACAUGAACAAUUAUUAUAAGAGUUGCAAGAAAAAAGCCAAAAUAAUUUUUUUUCUCGUAAUUUGCAUAUUAAUUCUGACGAAGCUUCAAAAACCUGCAUACUUCACCGUAAUUACUUUGAGGUUUAAAUAAGGGAUAAUAAAAUAGUUUUAUGCAGCACAAGAUACUGUAUUGCUCUAACAAGAGUCCUAUGGCAAGAAAUACACUUAAAAAUAUUCUGAAUUACAUUUAUAAAAUGCCUAAUAGCAAAUCAAAGUACAAUCCAAAAUUAUCUUAAUGGUCUUAAAAUUUCUUUGUCUAAAAUAUAUUUGUAUUAUUUUUGAAUAUUGCUGUUUUACAUUCACUCGUGACUAAUCGCAUAAAAAUAACAAAUAUUUACUGAUAAUAACAUAAAUGAAAUAAUUAGCAAACUUUUAUUUAUGCGUUUAGUCACGAUUAAUAAUUAAAAAGCACAGAUUAGUCAUGAUUAAUCAUGAAAUCCAGACUCACAAUGUGUUUUAAAUGUGAUUAGUUGUGAUUAAUCAUUAAACAACACUCUUUUUUCUUUCCUGGAAUGAUGAUGUAUUUUGAAUGCGUUUAGUCAAAACUAAUCGCCAAACAACACUAAUUUCCUUCCUGAAUGAUGUAUUUUGAAUGCAAUUAGUCACGAUUAAUCGUUAAACAACACAUUUUUUUUCCCGAAUGAUGAUGUAUUUUGAAUUCGAUUAGUCACGAUGAAUCCUCACACAAUACAAUUUUUUCCCAAGAAUGAUGAUGUAUUUCGAAUUCGAUUAGUCACGAUGAAUCCUCAAACAAUACAAUUUUUUCCCUAGAAUGAUGAUGUAUUUUAAAUUCGAUUAGUCACGAUUAAUCGUUAAACAACACUUUUUUCCCAGAAUGAUGUUGUAUUUUGAAUUCGAUUAGUCACGAUAAAUCGUUAAUCAACACUAUUUUUUCCCGAAUGAUGAUGUAUUUUAAAUUCGAUUAGUCAUGAUUAAUCGUCAAAUACAAAACAAUUCCCAGAAUAAUGAUGUAUUUUGUAUGUGCUUAGUCACAAUUAAUCAUCAAACAACACUAUUAUUUUCCCCAGAAUUCCCCAGAAUGAUCAUGUAUUUUGAAUACGAUUAAUCACAAUUAAUUGUUAAACAACAACAAAAACAAUGAACUUCGAUGUAUUUUAAAUGUGAUUAGUCCUGAUUAAUUGUUAAACGACACAAAUUUUUCCCCGAAUGAUUGAUGAUUGAUGAUGAUGAAUAUUUUAAAUGCAAUUAAUCACAAUUUAUCGUCAAACAACACUAAUUUUUCCCCCCAAAUGAUGAUGUAUUUUGAAUACGAUUAGUCACGAUUAAUCAUUAAAACAACACUAAUCCCCCCCACCCCCCCCACGCCCCUUACCAGCAAAAUCCCUUGAUUGCUGAAGUACUUUGAAUGCAGUUAGUCACAAUUAAUCGUUAAACAACACAAAAAAUUGCAAAUUACGAUGUUUUGAAUGCGAUUAGUCACGAUUAAUUGUUAAAACACAAUUAUUUUUUUUGAAUGAUGAUGUAUUUUGAAUGUGAUUAGUCACAAUUAAUCUUUAAACAACACAAAAAUUAGCAAAUUACAAUGUAUUUUGAAUGCGAUUGUAUUUUAGUCACGAUUAAUCGUUAAACUGCACUAUUUUUGUUUUUUUAAUUGAACAUUUAAGUGCACAAUUCACCCUCAUUUAAUAGUUACCACCACUGUGCCCUUGAACCAAGCUCAGAAAAUAACGGCUGCUGGGUAACCCAUUACCAUUUGUGUAGCAUCAGUUACCGAAACCCAAAUCAUUGCACCAGUUUACAUUCUACGUUUAGCCGUUACAUGACUGUCCUGCAAAGGCUUGAUCGCCUGACGAAUACUGUGUUAUAACCGAUGCCUUGUGUAAAUCAUUUCAGUCCAUUUAGAUCCAUUCAGUAGCAGAGGACAAUUCCUGCGUGCUAGUUAAGAAAUAAAACAUGUGUUUGUUACGAGUCUAAUGACCUCCACACUUGGUUUUUGUAUCCAUUGGAAUCCAGUGUUUGUAAUGGAUUGGGAUAAUGGUGAUGUGGAUUAUGUACAUACGUGUAUGUGUGUGCGUGCGCGUGUGUGUAAAAUAGCUUUUCCUUCUCCCUCUUUCAGCUAGCAGUGUAAAACCUCUCAGCCUUAACCCUCGUUUGCUAGUGUGCUUCAACUUUUACUUGAAAUAUGAAAUCAUGAUUAGAUCCUUAUUAAUAUUUUGGCUCUUGUGAGAUAAAGGGAGAGCGAAGGGAGAUGGGAACCUUGACAAUCGCAAGGUUGUUAAAAUUACCAGACAGUAUUUUAAGUUUACAUAUGUUUUUGUGGAUGUUUUAUAUGGAAGUUUGUUUCUGCUGUUUAGUAAAAUUUAAAAGUGUAGUUGAGGCUUUUUUUUCUCCCGGUUCUAACUUUUUUUUUCAGUUUUGAGAAAAAAAAGUGAGAAUUUUAAGAUAUAAACCAAGAAUUGCAUUGAAAUAGAGUCUAUAAACCUUCCAAGAAAGACUUGAAAGAUUACUAAUAUCUCAAAUAAGAUUAAUUCAUUCAUUUUCCUUCGGCUUAGUCUCUUUAUUCAUCAGGGGUCACCACAGCAGAAUGAACCGCCAACUUAUCUAGUAUAUGUUUUACACAGCGGAUGCCCUUCCACCUGCAACCAAGUACUGGGAAACACCCAUACACACUGAUUCACACUCGUACACUACGGCCAAUUUAGUUAAUCCAAUUCACCUACAGAGCAUAUGUUUGGACUGUGAGGGAAAUCAAAGCACCUGGAGGAAACUCACACCAACAUGGGGAGAACAUGCAAACUCCACAAAGAAAUACCAACUGAGCCAGCCGGGACUUGAACCAGCGACCUUCUUGCUGUGAGGCGACAGUGCUACCCACUGAGCCAGUUUUGAUAUUUACAAAUUAUAGGCUUUCUCACAGUUUUGAUUGAGUUCAGGGAUUAAUUAUUUGUAUUUUAUAUGAUAGUUUGUUUCUACCAUGUAGUAAAAAAACAACAACUUAGAAGGCUAAUUUUGACUUUUUAUCUCAUGAUUUUGACUUUUUAAUAUAUUGCAUUACAGUUUAGAACACACGUGUCAAUUCCAGUUCCUGGAUGGCCGCAGCUCUGCACAGUUUAGUUGUUGCAAUUGUGAAUUUAAAGGCUUUCUUACAAUUUUGCCUGUAGUUCUUAGAUUAUUUCUGACAAUUUAUACUUUUUCUCCAAAUUCAAGUUUAAAAGU